AGUCAGAUCCUGAAAGUUGUUGCAAAACUUCCUGCUGCCCCUGAAAACACGACAAAAACGGGAAGAGAUCUGACUGAGUAGAGUUUGACGGACUUGUUAUGGCCAUGGCAGAUGAAGAUGCGGUGGUGGAGGAGGGACUCAGUCCUGCUUUGAGUCCUCUGGUCCAGGUGUCCUUUCAGAGAAACGUCUUCAGAAAGCAGAAAUACCUGGAGGCGGAGCCCAAGUUCUUGGGGGUCACUCAGAUCGGUUUGAGUGCUUAUCAGAUCAUUAACUCGAGCGUGUUUCUUGCCAAUGAGCUGACCCAACCAGACGCUGAAGUCGCCUUCUUCAUCGCCUGCCUGCUCAUUGUCAUUGCCGGGAGUUUGGCUGUAGCUGCACAGAACCUUCACCUGCCCACACUCAGAGCGUGUCUGGGGAUGCAGAUUGUGGCGUGUGGAGCCUCCAUCUUCAACAUGAUCUUCACGCUGGUCAACAAUGAGAUGCAGUACUCCUGCUGGCAUUACAUGUACGAAAACACCACGAUGCAAAUGGAAGAAAUCUGCCAUAACAUCGCGAGCAUAGAGUACAAUUACUCCUCUGGAGGGGUGCUGGUUAAUGCCACUCUGCUCGCCAUCUCUGCAGCUCUGGCUGCUUACUGCUGCAAGGUGGUCAACUGCUGCGCUCCCGCUCCCAAGAUGCCGGUGAUCACCGUUGAAGCCCCUCCUGUUCCGCAGUGAGACGGAUGUUCAGCCACAGGAAGUUGAAGUUGCACUUAUUCAUUUUAUACUAACACUUCGUCUUACGGAGACAGACAACCCACAAAACAUCACACCAUCACCCAGUCUGUAGUUUUUCAUUUCAUGCUCUAACAUUUUAAAUGUUUUAUCAGACGUGUUUUAACUGGUAACACUGAAGCAGCUGGUGGAGACCAAAAACAGAGCUCACAAGAGAAUGUUUUAAUAUGAUCGUUCACAUCAUAUUAAUAAUGAUGUCUGUCAGCUCUGUGUGUAGCUAAUAUGUUCUAAAAAAUGCUAAAUCUUUUUUUUAAUCAAAGCCUUGUAUUUAGAGCCGUCACUAUUAGCAUGUCCAUCAAUUAAUCCAGAGACCUUAACACUUUUUUUUACUUUUUUUUUAAUUUUAUUUUUUUAAAGUUAUGUUUUUGGCCUUUUUGCCUUUAUUAGAUAGUACAGCUGAAGAGAGACAGGAAAUGUGGGGAGUAGAGAGUGGGGGAAGACAUGCAGGAAAUGGUCGACUUGCCGGGAAUCGAACCGGCGACCCCUGCGACAAGGACUGCAGCCUCUGUACAUGGGGUGCUUAGACCGCUAGGCCACCAGCAACCCCAGACCUCAACACUUUAAUACGUUUUUAACACAGAUUUAUCACGAUUUUAACAUUUUUAAUGCAAAUGUACACAGUGCCUCUUUCACCUAAAUUAGCUUUUAGAAACAUUAAAUGAUAACAAAUGUUGGUGCAGACUCACGGCAGAGAAAGUAAGAUCAGCUUGUGCUCGUGUUGUGAGUUUACAGGGUCACUCUUCAGACUGUAACACCGGGAGCUGAUAGACGCAUUCACACUAUCAGGCUCAGAGAAGACCAAUGUUCAGGAGUUAUUAAACCAAGUGAAUCACAGGUGCGUGUGAUGUUAUUGUGGACAGAGGGGGAAAUAAAAACACUGCAGGUACUCCACCAAUCGGAAACAUUCAGCAUUACAGACCCCGUCCCCAAAGUUCCUGGACCUUUUGAAAGUCCUAACCCACCCCCCUGAGGCAUUUCAAGGAAAAUUAACUACCCAGGAACUAAACUUAGACCCUGGUUCCUGCUGUCAAAACGGGCAGAGUUACACAAAAGGUCCAUAGUUCCUGGGGAAAGUUCCUACGGUCAAAAAGCACCUUUUGUUUUCAUUCUCAGGCGGUAAUGGUCGGCUGAACAUACACUGAUGUGGUCAGGUUGGGGUGUAUGGAAACAUCUGGCUAACGCAGUUGUCUGAGCGGUCCUUUGUUAGAGUCCAUAAUGUUUCUUUAGGGUGUGAAUGAUGAGCUGAAUGGGUUCAGGUACUUUAAGCAGGGCUACAGGGGUGGAUCCAGGAGGUGGCUAGGGCCCCAAUUACAACAUAGGCCACACCAAAUCCUAAAUAGGUCACUUCAGCUCUAUUGCAAAAAGCUGCUAGUGGCUUACUUUAAAUUCCAUCGUGGUACAUUUUAAGUUUUUUUCAAAUAUGUAUUACUCACACAAUAUAUGUUUAUUCAUUUGUCAAUUUUGUUAUUUUUAUAUUGUGUUAAAAAUGCCAGGAAAGUACAGUAAUGGUAUGAAUGUAGGAUAUCUCUGAUUAUAAGUUGCCCCCUAAUUUUAAGACUAAUAUUUGAAGAAGACCUUUUAACGACCAAAUUUUAUAUUUUUUUAUAAAGAAAACUAAUUUCACUGCAAAAAAACAAUAUCAGUUGAAGUUUUUAACAAAUUUUAAAUAAAAACAUGUUCAGUGUCUUUUAAAAUUAAAUUGUCGAUUUUAACUUAAAAAAACUUGUAAAUUGAGCACGUCUGGUAUCUGUAUUUAAAUACCAUGAAAAUCAAAAUAACCUGCCUCUUGUCAGAUAGAUGACAGCUCAUGUUAUGGGCUCUCCAUCUUCAGACAUUACUCUCUGGAUAACCUUUAUCUCAAACUCAGAACCGCAACUUUGCCUACUUCUGAGUCUCUUUGUUCUAGACUAUCACCGUAUCUCUUCACCGUUCAUCCCUCUGCUGCUGAGGUUGUGAGCGAUGGCUGGCCCUCCACUUUUGUGAACAAACUCUGACAUUUAAAUGUCCAGACUGACACUUUUUACACGUUUUGGGUCUAAAUGACACUCAGGUAUGAAGUUUUAAAGAGGCCCAGGUACAUUUAUCUGAAGGGUCCACUUUCAUCGUCUUCUCCAGUGAUAGAAAUCAAACCUCAUGUAUAUUAACUGAUUAUGUUGAAUGUAAAAAGGCUGAUAAUGACUGCUAAAUCAUGUGUGCCAUGUUUAUUGUGUAUCCCUACAUAAAAUGAAGGAUUUAUUAUAA